AGCAGCGCAGAAGGAAGGUGUGUUUAGUUUGUAGGUUUCGGGAGCGCAGCCUCAUUCCUGCGGUGGCGUUUCAGUCGCUCACUGUCAGCUCAAAGUUUUUGUUAUUCCCCCCCUACCUGUCCACUCCCUUUUUUUUUUCUUUCUUUCUUUUUUUUUUACACGGAUAAACGCUUUUAAGAGAAAAAUCGUUUAUGGUCCUGGCUGAAGAUUUCACCAUGUCUCGCACCGACGAGGUUCAUCGCAUGACGGAAAAUGUUUACAAGACUAUUAUGGAGCAGUUCAACCCCUGCUUACGGAACUUUGUUGCCAUGGGGAAGAACUAUGAGAAGGCCCUCGCCAAUGUGACAUUUGCUGCAAAAGGCUACUUUGAUGCCCUGGUCCGAAUGGGUGAAUUGGCAAGUGAGAGUCAAGGAGCCAAAGAUUUGGGGGACGUGCUGUUCCAGAUGGCUGAGGUCCACAGACAGAUCCAAGUGCAGCUAGAGGAAAUGCUGAAAUGCUUUCACAAUGAGUUGCUUUCUGAGCUUGAGAAGAAGGUGGAGCUGGAUGCUCGCUACUUGACUGCCGCCUUGAAAAAGUACCAGCUCGAACACAAGAGCAAAGGGGACGGUCUGGAAAAAUGCCAGGGUGAACUGAAGAAGCUCCGAAGGAAGAGCCAAGGUAGUAAGAACCCUUCAAAGUAUGGAGACAAGGAGAUGCAGUUUGUGGAGACCAUUAGCAAUAAGCAGACAGAACUAGACACCUUCAUCGCUGAGGGCUACAAGACGGCUUUGUCCGAGGAACGUCGCAGAUACUGCUUCCUCGUGGAUCGACAAUGUGCUGUGGCCAAAAAUAGCAGCGCGUACUAUGGAAAGGGGAAAGACCUUUUGACCCAGAAGAUCCCAGUGUGGCAGCAGGCCUGCUCAGAUCCCAAUAAACUCCCAGACAGAGCCAUGCUGCUGGCCCAGCAGAUGGGUUCUGCUGCUCUUGGGGGCACAAGUCCCCUGCACUCCUCCAAAUCCAAUCUGGUCAUCUCAGACCCCAUACCGGGGGCUCAGCCUCUUCCUGUUCCCCCAGAGCUGGCUGUUUUCAUGGGCAGCGGUCUUGGACACCCAGCGAGGCUGAUGGGCCCUGAUGGCAUGUCCAUGGUCAAUGGAACGACAGGAGUGCACGGCGAGGAGUACUGGACAGAUGGGGGUACGAUGUCUGUGUCUCAAGUUAGGCCUUCUUCCCCUCAGACUCAGGCACCGGGCCAGUCCCAGGUGCAGCCCCAGAGACAAGUCAGCGACGUCUACUCUAAUACCCUCCCUGUCCGUAGGCCCGCUCCAGCCAAGAAUAAAAACCCCGUGGGAGAGACACGGACCCUGCCCAGGUCCAGUUCCAUGGCAGCCGGACUGGAAAAGAACGGGCGCUCCCGCGUCCAAGCCAUUUUCUCGCAUGCCGCAGGCGACAACAGCACCUUGCUAAGCUUCUCCGAGGGAGAUGUCAUCACCCUGCUAGUGCCUGAGGCCCGCGAUGGCUGGCACUAUGGAGAAAAUGAGAAAAACAAGAUGCGGGGCUGGUUUCCAUUCUCCUACACUCGUGUGCUCCCUGAGAGUGAUGGAGACAAGCUCAGAGUAAAUUCCAGUCUUCAUCAUGGUAAAAGCAGCAGCACAGGGAACCUGCUGGAGAACGACGGAUCACUGCCCACACCUGACUAUGGCCUAACUGCUCGACUGUUGGCACAGAGCUUAGCACAGACCCGCCCACGCCCCUACAGCAUGGCAGGGUUUGCACCACAGCCUGCCAUUGAGGAUUACGACAGCCGCUUUGCCACAAGUUUGGGUCCAGAAUUGUCCCGGUUCUGAGGGAACAGGACCGCUUGACCGUUCCCUCGAGGUCUUCCUCCGGCCCUCCUUCUCUGACGAUCGAUCUGCACCCAUCUACUACUAGCGACUUGCCUUGUCCUCUUUUCCACUGAUGGGUACCUAUUUUAUAAAGAGAGGAAAACGGUAGCCAUGAUUUGCAGGUUUAAUUGUUUCCACAAGAGGGCCUGGAGGUGCGGUUGUCUCAACUGAGGACUUGCAUAACUUAGAAUUUCUUCUAAUAUACUAAAAUUUCCUUUGAACUUUUUAGAAACUAACGGCUUCAAUCACAGUUAGAUGUCUCCGCCUGAACAUUUAAUGGUAAUGGUAGAUUUAUUAAGUUAUUUAGAUCACAGCAGUACUGGAUAAGGUAAGGCUAGGAAGUUUACCCUUCAUCUGCUCUUCUGUUCCAACAUUACCGUAGUUUUUUUUUUUUUUUUUUUAACACUAUGCACUGUAAAUUUUACCGGAGCUUUAUGUUUUCCAAAGGAGUGGACUUUGAGGGUGAUCUGAAAGUAGGACCACAGACAAGUUUGUCACUAGGCCACAAUUCUGCUUCUGUUAGAUCUUGUAGAUGAUUAUAUUUGUUAGUGGUGAUACAGGACACCCAGAUUUUGAAUCUCCUGUGCCUUCUAUGUGUCUUUCUUGGUUUUUUAAACAUAAAUCAUUGUUCUUACUGUUCUAGUAAGUUGGUUUAAGGGUAAUUAUUUGCAGUAAAGUUCUACUUGUUUUUGAUUUUUUUGUUUUGUUUUUAAAAUCUUAACAAUGUUCAUGGGACUAAUUCAGCUUUUGUUGCAAUGUUUUUGUUUGUUUUUUUUAUGUGUGGGCAAACUUCACUACAGUACAGCAACGACUUCACGGAAAUACCCUAGUUUAUUUUUCAAUUGCUCAUAUUUUCCUUAUAAUUUGAGUUUUAGCUAUUUCUAAUUCUGGAGAUGGUCUGAACAUGGGGAAAAUCCUAACACUAUGUCUUUCUUUAAGUAUUUAGCAUUGUGGGAGUGGUAGAUAUUCAGAUAUAAGUUCCAGUAUUAUCUUUUCUAAUGAGGUUUCAUUCUCAGUAUUACACGGCACACUAACCUGGUACACAGAGAACAUGGCAUAAAUAUGUGUGUGUAAAGAUGGAGGCAAAAGAGGUUAAAAUCAAAGAAAUAAAAGCUGAUUUAUUUUGUGUGAAUGAGCUGCAAUGCUUUCCAAUGUAUUGCAAGCCGAAUCAUGAGUUUUAGUUUUUAACAAAUGAAUCACUGAUGCGAUUAUACUUAUGUCACGUUUCAAGGUCCAGUUUUUUAUUUUAAUUAAACAUAUCUGUUCUUGUCUUCAUUUCUCUCUCCUGUUUCUGUUUGUACUAUAUCUGUACUGUAAAGAAACUGCAUUUAAUUUAUCUUGUCAAAUAAAUUUAAACUUGCUCAAUUGUCA